AUGUCAUGUUCCUCCAAAAAGUCAUGCGAGGGCUGCGCAUGUCCGAGUAAGCCCUCAGCCCCCGUGCAAAUUGAAGACUGCAUGGAAGAGCUCAAAGCUCUCCGCAGAAGGAACCAAGAGCUCGAAACCAGACUAAGUCUCGCCGCUGAAAAUGGAUCUAAGGCUGUCAUUCGGCAACCAGGUAGGACGCUACGCUCGUCUGCUUGGUUCGACUGUCGCAGUGAUCCUGGCAUGACGGCUAUUUAUAUGGAGCGGUACUUCAAUUAUGGGAUUACGCGUGAAGAGCUCAUGUCUGGGAAGCCGAUGAUUGGAAUCGCGCAGACCGGGUCUGAUAUUGCGCCGUGUAAUCGGCAUCAUAUUGAGUUGUCAAAGAGGGUAAGGGAGGGUAUUCGAACGGCAGGUGGCAUUGCGUUUGAGUUUCCGACACAUCCUAUUCAGGAGACUUCGAGAAGGCCGACUGCUACUUUGGAUCGCAAUUUGGCGUAUUUGAGUAUGGUUGAGGUUUUGACGGGUUAUUUUCUGGAUGGUGUUGUUAUGUUGACGGGCUGUGAUAAGACUACUCCGGCUUGUUUGAUGGCUGCGGCUACUGUGAAUAUUCCUACUAUUUGUCUUAAUGUUGGCCCGAUGUUGAACGGUUAUUCCGAAGGCGCGUUAACUGGCGCCGGCUCUGUCCUGUGGAAAGGGCGAGAGAUGUAUGCCACCGGUGAAAUUGACGACGGUGAAUUCAUGGACUAUAUCUCUAGAGGAACACCCUCCGUCGGCCACUGCAACACAAUGGGCACAGCCUCAACUAUGAAUGCCCUCGCAGAAGCCCUCGGCAUGGCACUCCCAGGCUCGGCCGCGAUCCCAGCUGCUUACCGCCACAGAAGCCAAUGUGCCUAUGAGACCGGCAAACAGAUCGUGGAGAUGGUAGAAUCCGAUCGUAAACCAAGCGACCUGAUGACCCGGGAGGCAUUUGAGAACGCAAUUGUGGCAAACGCCGCAUUUGGAGGAAGUACCAAUGCUCCUAUCCAUCUACUUGCUAUUGCUCAGCACAUGGGCGUUGAGCUAUCGAUGGAUGAUUGGGAUACCCUUGGAUCCCACAUUCCUCUUCUCCUGAACAUGAUGCCAUCAGGCGAGUACCUUGGAGAAGAGUACUUCCGUGCAGGAGGUCUUCCAGCAAUUAUGGCUGAACUCUUGGAUGUUGGAAAGAUUCACGGUGAUGUGUUGACGUGUAAUGGAAAGACAAUGGCUCAGAACGUUCGUGGAAAACACUCAUGGGAUCGCCGGGUAAUUCGCCCCUAUGAUGAUCCUCUCAUGAAGGAUGCAGGAUUCAUCCAUUUGAAGGGUACGCUAUUUGAUUCCGCGAUCAUGAAGACCUGUGUCAUCUCGCCUGCUUUCCGAGAGCGAUACCUCUCAAAUCCGGAAGAUCCCAUGGCGUUCGAAGGGUCUGUCAUGGUAUUCGAGGGACCAGAAGACUACCAUAGCCGACUGGAGCAUCUGCCAGAAAUCGACGACAAGACUAUCCUCAUCAUGCGCGGCGUCGGUCCGUUAGGUUACCCCGGCGCUGCGGAGGUCGUGAACAUGCACCCCCCUGGCAGACUUCUCAAGCAAGGUGUGGAUGCGCUCUUUUGUAUUGGCGAUGGACGGCAAUCAGGUACAUCGGCAAGUCCUUCCAUUUUAAACGCCAGUCCCGAAGCUGCCGCUGGUGGAAAUCUGGCUAUUCUUCGCGAUGGAGAUAGACUGAGGAUUGAUCUGCUAAAGAGACGAGUGGACAUUCUUAUCAGUGAUGAAGAGUUGCAAGAACGGAGAAAGGAAAUGCUGUCAAAGGAGUACCCUCUUGUGCCGAACGGUACUCCAUGGCAGGAGAUCUUCCGUCAGGAGACUGAUCAGCUAUCUAACGGCAUGGUGUUAAGAAAGGCUGUUAAAUAUCAGCGUCUGGCGCAACGAAACGAGGCCCCUAGGCACAAUCAUUAA